GCUUCCUAUAGAAGUGUACUGUACCCAGACCAUGUUGUUCCAUUGACGGGUCUUUCUGCUCGACUCAACAAGUUGCCAGAGAUUAUUUUAUCUAACAGCUGUGUCUCCAGGUUUCUGCUUUGGUGGAAGAUGGCAAUGAUGGUCGUUUUGGCAGCAGUGGUUUUCACUUAUGGAGUCUCUCCAGGAAUUGCAAGGGACGAUGGUGAAUCUGGUGCUGUAGCUGGGGCUGGCACUAUGGGAGACAGUGUACUUCCACUGGACAUGGCUGAAAACUCUGUUGACGACAUGUACGAUGGGUGCAAAAAAGAAAUGAAGAAGAGGGUAACAAAAGACCUGGAGAUUGAGAAGGAAGCCGACAAAGUGUUCAAAAAGAUCUGGGAAACCUCAGAGAAAAAUAAACACAUUUUUAAAUGGAUUCCCAAAGUACUGACACAGAAACAGAUUGUAGCUAUUUCUUCUUACACUUACGUUGGCAUUAAGACAGAAAAUGGGUUAAAGAAUGUGUAUGGUAAUUUGAACACUGCAGUUCGAACCCAGGGACCUGAGUACAAUACCGCAUUCGGGUAUCACGCACUUCACUUUCUCCUGACUACUGCUAUUCAAGCUAAACGAGUAAAACAAUGUCUCACUGUCUACCGUAGAGUCAAUGUGUCCUUUAGCCAAGAUGUUCAAAACAAAUCGUUUCGCUUUGGCUCUUUCACCUCAGCCUCACUGAAUGAUUACCUCAAUGCAGCAAUAUUUGGAGACAAGUCAUGCUUUGAAAUUGUCACGUGCAUGGGAGCAAAAAUCUCCAGCUAUUCUAGUGUUCCGAAAGAAAGAGAAGUGCUGAUUCCUCCCUAUGAGGUCUUUAAAGUCGUAGACAUAACGAGGCCAACUACGAAACUUCCAUGUGAGGUGGUCUAUAAAGUGAAGAGUACAGGCUAUGUUUCCAAGUUGAAUUGUGCUCUUUUUCCAAAGUAAACACUUUCACGUUUUACAUACAGUUAACAAAACAUGUAAAAUUUAGGACGCACCAUUUUAAGUACUGCAAAUGAUCUGUAAUCAAGAUUAAUGUGAAUGUGGAUUUAUUUGUUAACAAUGACAUUUCUCGACAAUCUCAAAUUGAGGUGUAGAUUUUCUACUGUGCAACAAGUGUUUAAGAGAAAUAAACACUAGCUGCAUAAAAAUGAACCCUUACAAUUGUGUCAUUGUUAAACUGGAUCUGUAUGAAAAUGUUUAAAUGAAUAACAAGAAUUUAAAUGUCGUAAAAAUUGUAUUAUUGCCCAUGUCAUCUGUAUUUAAAUUGGAUGCAUAACCUGUCCUAUAUACAAAGUUACUGUAUGAAAACUGUCUUAAAAAAUUAAACACUCGUGUUUCCUAA